ACAUUCGCGUCGCGUGCAUCAAUUUUUACAAAAAACGGACAAAUUUUAGGCCUCCCACAGUUGCUUAUCUGCGGUGCCGCAUCGGAAUAGUAAGGAAAUUACCAGCGUGAUUACAGCAACGCCCCCGGACGUGUGUUUCUCGUGUGUGUGGUGUGCUCUACAAAAUUGCGCUCUACUCGGAUAAGGACAAAAAACCCCGUGUCCGUUCCGCCCCGCUUGGGCUAAAUAUUUUGCAACCUGACCGUCGCCCUGGCCUGGCAGAGCACUGGCCAUGGAUCGGCGUGGCAACUGGGCGGCCGAUGAGGUCGAGGAAAUGAUCGAGAGCAUCAAAGAAAGAGAGAUCUUAUGUCUACCGGAAGGCAAGAAGGUUCGCUCGCUCGACGUCUUCAAGGUCGUGGCGAACGAUCUGCGGGCCAAGGGCAUGUACCGGACCCCAGAGCAAAUCCGUACGAAACUGCGCAUCUUACGGAAGGACUAUUUCAAGGCCCUGCGUUCCGGAUCGAAGAGUGAAUAUCGGGCGUGCGAGUUUUUUACCUCGCUGCAUGACCUCUUCACCGAUGCGCAUCGUAAGAUGGAGGCAAGAAAACGCCGCUUACAGCGUCGCCAGCAACAGCAGCAGCAACAGUUGCGGGUACUGACUGAUAAUCCCUCAAAUGGUAGCUACCAGCCAUCAUCACAUCGGGAUGAGUACCCCGGGGUUCUUCAAGAACAUCGAACUAAGAAGCGAACGUCGACAACAACAUCUUCAGCCACGAUCAAAAGCAGUCGAAGCAGUAGUGUGAUCAGUUCGCGAAUGCUGAAUGAAGAAGCGAUAUGUGUGGAUCAAAGCGCUAGCUUCGCAGUGCCCACCGUACCAAAUGAUACCGGUGGUGGCCCGGGUGGUACGCCGGAUGGUAGUGUUUGUGGUAAACAGAGACCGGAACCGCUGCCGGACAAGUAUCACCUCAAACUGAACGAGUAUCUGCCGAACCUGAACAAUUCGUUGGCCAAUCUGUGCAAGUGA